AUGACGAGCUGGUCCGGCCACAUUCCGUCGGACCCCAUAGAGCGGACGAUUCUCAACGCCUCGGAGGGCAUCGAAGGCGAGGAUGGCAGGGUCGUCGGUGCCGCCCUUUUCCGCCCGGGCAGCCCGACAUCCGUCACUUUUGGUGGCGAAUCGCACGCCUCCGGGCCCAAGGCGGUGCUGGAGGACGCGCGCGAAGCUGCCCGGCAAGCCCGCCUCGCCCAGCUGCGCCGGUCUCAGCUGACGUCAGGGCACACCCACUCGGACGGCAGCGACUCAGACGACGGCGAUACGCUCCGCCGGAUUCGGCAGGCGCGACUCGGAGAGCUCCGCGCUGCCGCAGCGGCGCGGCGCACAUACGGUUGCGUCACGGAGCUCUCUCAGGACGACUUUGUCGCCGCGGUCGAGGAGGAGCCGCCAGAGACCUUUGUGGUGGUCCACAUCCAUGAGCCUCACCUGCCGGCGUGCGCCGCCCUCGGCCUGUGCAUGCAGCGCCUCGCGGCGAGGUACGACCUCGUCAAGUUCGUCUCCAUCCGCGCCUCGGAAGCGCAGGCGAGGCUUUCGACCGACGUGCUUCCCGCCCUCGCCGCCUACCGCGGCGGCGAGUACCUUGAGUCGGAGCUCAAUGUCGGAGCCUCCGCCGCCGAGGCCCUAGAGGCGCUGGCCAGCCUCGGGCUAGUGUCGUGCAGACCCUCGGAGCACUGCGACACCAUGAGCGGGUGUGGUUACACCAGUGGGUUGCACGUCCACUUUUGCGCUUAA